UUAUCCAAAAAUUAAGCAGAGUUAUGUUGGCCCAUACAAUUUUUUAACUGGCUCCAUCUGCCGAGCGUUGAUUUAUGUGGCUUGAAUUUGUCUGGAGUGUCGACACCAAUGGCAUGGGAUUGUUGGCAUCUUUUCAGUAGUUUUCUGUCUUGGGCCUGAAGCGUCUCGGACGUUGAAAAUCACUCCUAAGAGUAUGGAUAUCUACUUACUAAUUACUAGAGACUUUAUUUUGUUCGGAUCUACUAACAUAAAAUAGAACUUUAGUAGGUCUUUUACGUGGUUAAAACACAUAAGAAACACUGUUGACUGCGCUAGAUUUUAUAAUUUGUAAUAUCAAUUGCUACAUCUUGUAGUCUUCAUUUACUUUUUCUUUUCAGAUUAUAGAGGUAUCUCUCAUAGGUUUUUAACCGUAGACAUAGUCUACCUAGCGCAACUAGAAAAGUCAUUAUGUACUAAUAUCUGGAUAUUCUUGUACACUGACUACUUUUAUUGGUUUUGCUUCUUGUCUUGUUAAUUACAUUUGGAUGUUGUCACAACAUAAAGCACGUUGUAUUAGUCAGACUUUCAAUCUGCACAUGAUCUAACGCAUAUCAGACUUUUCAAAGCAUAUAAUUCUGGAUUUUGAAGAGUCCAACUUUCGGAGGUUACUUCCAAACCGAAAGUUUAACCAGAAUGCAAGUCAAAACAAAACCCAGUUAGCUUUCAGGAUGGAGUCAUUAGUUCUAAAAUCUAUUCAGUCUAUAUGCAUGCGUAUAUCCUUACAUAAGACUAGAACCGUUGCAGCAUGUAUAAAUAGCCACCCAAUCUAACUAAUGAAAGAACCAUAAAAGCAAGCACCAUAUUCAAAUUCGUUCAUACUACUCUGAUUGGUUGCCCAUCUAGCUUAGACACUCAAACUGCAAUGGCCUUAAACUCAUUUCAGCCUCAUUUUGUGUUCAUACCUUUCAUGUGCCAGGGACACCUUGUUCCCCUGAUAGACAUAGCCAGGUUAUUGGCGGAGCGCAAUGUAAUUGUUACUAUAAUUACCACACCUCAGAAUGCUGCCCGCUUAAGCAUUUCUAUCGAUCGUGCUAUUGAGUCUGGGCUACCCAUUCGUGUCCUACAACUUCACUUUCCUGCUGCAGAGGCUGGUUUACCGGAGGGGUGUGAAACUCUUGACAAUCUCCCUUCCAUGCAUCUGAUUAGCAAUUUUUACUCUGCGUUGAGCAUGCUGCAGCAACCACUAGAGACGAUAUUUGAAGAGCUAAAGCCCCGUCCGUGUUGCAUUAUAUAUGACAGGAAUUUCACAUGGAUAGCUGAAAUUGCUUCCAAGUUUCAGAUUCCAAGGAUUUCCUUCGAUGGGAAAAGCUGCUUCACUCUCUUGUGCUGUCAUAAUAUAAGCACUUCCAAGGUCCAUGAAUGCGUUUCCGAUGGAGAGCCUUUUGUGGUGCCAGGCCUGUCUGACAGAAUUGAAUUCACAACAGGACAGCUACCUGGAAACCUCAAUCCUGGAUUUAACAUGAAAGAGACUGCUAAAAAAAUAAUAGCGGCAGAAGAAGGAGCGUAUGGCUUAAUAGUUAACAGUUUUGAGGAGUUGGAAGCAGAAUAUGUAGAAUCAUAUAAAAAACUUCAGAAACAAAAAGUAUGGUGUGUUGGUCCUGCGUCACUAUGCAACAGGGAUAAUUUUGAUAAAGCUCAAAGAGGUCAAGAGGCUUUAACGGAUAAAAAUCAAUGCUUGAAGUGGCUUGAUUCAUGGCCAACAAGCUCUGUAAUCUAUGUUUGCUUUGGAAGUCUCAAUCGCCUAACACCUCCACAGUUAAUUGAACUGGGUUUAGCCUUGGAAGCAUCAAACAGACCUUUCAUUUGGGUCAUUAGAGGAGGGUAUAAGAAAGGAGAAAUGGAGAAAUGGUUAGCAGAAGAUGGAUUUGAGGAGCGG